AUGGUCAAUAAAGGGCACCACAAAAAAACGGGUAACAAUCGAAGCAGUAAUAAAGAAGAUGCCAAUUCGGUGGGAAAAGAGUUAAAUGGAAACAGCAAAGUGAAUGGUCGAAUGACGAAUGGAAUCACCCCAACAACUAAACAAAACGGAAACUCGACGAAAUCAUCAAACAAGAAAGGAGCCAACUCCGAGAAUAGACAUGAACAAAAUGGCCACAAUUGGCAGUUGAAUGGAAACUCAGGACAAAGACACAUGGAUCAAAAGAUCGAUAGGAAACGCUCGUCAUCUAGCAAAUGCUCAGAGAACUCAAGCAAGUCAACCUAUGAGGAUCGGACAGAUAUUGAAUAUGAUGAGCCCAAUGCAUCGCCGCCACCGCCAGUUCCUUCAACAAGCCCUCCACAUGAUUUGAAUGAGAACUCGAUGACGAUAUCGGAGCAAAAUCAAUCUGAAUCGAACAAGAACGACGAUAUGAACAGCGGUGAUGUCUCUGAGUUUCAGUUUCAUCAGCGAGAUAAAGACCGACACUCGUUGCGGGGACGUUCAUCUCAACAAAUUGACAAGUUAUCACAACGUGCUGAUGAACAACAUAGAAGUAACCUAACUGUGAAUAGAAGCACUAUUGACGACAAGAAUGGCACGAGAAGAAUUUCUGAACGCUCCUUGUACAGUGACACUUUUCAAAACAAGACCUUUUUGGAGCUAAAGCAACCGCCCAGUACUUCCAACAAUAUGCACCUUGAAGAUUGCCACUUGUCGGAAGCAAACGCUACGAUGGCACGAUCAACAAUUGGAGCUGCGCACAAGCAACUUCCCUCUUCUCAACACAUUAGACGCGAAGAUGUGCCUCAUACCCAAGCCUCCUACAACCACAACUUCAAUCGAGUGAAUGGGCCCAACCGUGCAACGCAUUUUCAUUCGGAAAGCCAACCAGCCGCUCUCGAGACCGCAUCACAAACAAACCCGGCCGUCACCUCAACACAAAGUCAAACGGACGCGCUGACGUCGGAUGGUUUGCUUAUUUUUCACUCGCAAUCACCAUGGGAUCGGUUUGAGACGAUGAACCAAAUUGUGCGAACAAUGGAAGCCUUUGAGACGAGGUUCUUUGCCACAUGUUUUGAAGCUGUUGCUCGCGUCCAAGCCAACAAAUUAAGAGAUACGGAAAAUCGUGCAAACAGCUCCGAAUCGAUCAUCCGUCUUCGCGAGAGAAAGGGCAAUUAUCUCGAGUCUUGCAACUACUUGUUUUCAUUGUUGUCACUGCUCUUCGGAAAUUCAAGGAAAGAAGCAGCACAUUAUUUUGAGGUGUUGCAAGUGAUUUUCCAACAACACUAUGAAGAGAUGAGUAAAUUGAGAACUACCGAGGAAAAACUGGAUUUGGUUGAAAAAUUGGGAAAACUUGUUUCGGCUGCGAUCUAUCAUCCGGCCUUCAGCAUUGUCCACGCGGAACCAAUGACAUUUUGGCGUGAAACACUUUGGAAAGAAAGAGAGCAACUCAAUCUGCAAAUUGCUCAGGAGCGCCAGCAAAAAGAGAACGCAGAGACACGAUCGGGAGCCCAAGCAACGACUAUGAGAUUGACGGAAGAGCAGAAGCGACGGUCUACGAUGAUUUACUCUCAAACGCAUAACUUUGAAUACAUCUAUUCGAUGAAAGCAGCCGAAGGUGGAUUUCGAGGAACGACUGUGCCUAUAGAGAUUACAUGGAGUGAUGGAGCUAAAUCAUAUGUUGGAAAAAGCAAACAAGAACUCUUCAACAUGCAUUUUCGAUUGAUUGACGAAUUCGGUCUUGAGAACAGUGAUUCUGGUGAGAGGGUUUUGCCACGAAUUCAGGAAGAUGGCUCUGAUGAGGAAUACUUAUCUUAUAUCAACAAGCUAUCUGAUAUGCCAGCUCGAAUCAUUUUGUCGCCUGUGAUAAAAGAGGCUUUUUAUGCUUCAAGACAAUUAUCUCCGGACGUCAACUUUGCCUCUCAACGACCCGCUCAACAAAGUUAUGCAUUCAUGGAACAGCCACGGAUAUCAACAUUCAUGCCACAGCAACACUAUUUCAAUGCGCCAACGAAUCCAAUGGUUACCCAGUCGACUAGUGUGCAGCAAACGAUCCCGAUGUUUGCGUUGCAUCCACCCGGUCAACCAAUUCAACAUCAAAUGCCCUCUUGCCAUAUCUGUGCUGGCUCACAUGAUUGGGCAAAGUGCCCAGAGAAGAUUUGCGGUUCUCGCGUUGCACCAGAAGGAUUGCGUCUGAGAACAAGAGCUAAUGAUUUGGAGCCAAGCCUGGCUAAUAGCGAUAGAACUGUUACUGGUCCACCCUUGGCACCACUCUCAAAGUCACCACUCAUUGAGCCGACGUUAUCGCAACCAGGCUUCAACAAGUUUGUUCCACUCAACUUUGCUGGCCCUUCUGCUAGCGAGCCAACGGUUGGAUCAAUUUACCCACCAUCUUUUGUCGCAAUGGCAAUGAGUCAUCAAACGGUCAUCGCUCCUCAAAUACAGCUAUUCUCCAACGGGAUCAUGCACAACUUGCAACAACUUGCACAAUUCUCACCGCAGGCGGCAUUGAAUCUUGUCAACCAGGCAGUUGUCAAUCUGCAUCAAUACAUCGCUACACUGCAGCAAUUUACUCCACCGCCACCAUUAAUGCAACAACCAUCGCAAAUUGAGAUGCUCAAUCAUCAGCAUGGGUCUCAGAGUACCUAUGCAAGUCGACCGAGAGACCGUGGAAGUAUGAGUUAUGGUGGGGGUCCGUUAAGGAUAUACACUGAUCAACACCAAACGCCACGAGAUCGAGAAAAUGAGACAGGAAAUGGACAACGCUGGCAGCAAGAAGCACGUCAAGGACGGGAGUUCAACAGCAAUCCAUCUGUGCCUUCACCAAAUCCAACGAGUCAACCAGCGGAUGUCGAGCCGUCAACCAACAGC